GGACAAACAUUUACUCUUGAGGAUCUCUUAAGAGAAACUUGCAAAUCAAGACAAAGCAGACGAAACUAUUGGACGGUUUUCCUUGAGUUAGCAUGGCAUCUGCAGGACUACAGAUCUUGGGCAUUGCCCUCGGCAUCCUUGGCUGGAUCGGGGCCAUCAUCACCUGCGCUCUGCCCCAGUGGAGAGUGACGGCCUUCAUCGGCUCCAACAUCGUCACGUCUCAGAUCACCUGGAAGGGAAUCUGGAUGGAGUGCGUGGUGCAGAGCACGGGCCAGAUGCAGUGCAAGGUGUACGACUCCAUGCUGGCGCUGGAGCGUGACCUCCAGGCGGCCCGCGCCCUCACCAUCAUCUCCAUCCUCGUCGGCAUCUUAGGCCUCCUCCUCGCCGUCGCAGGGGGCAAAUGCACCAACUGCAUCGAGGACGAGAGCGCCAAAACCAAGGUGUGCAUCACAGCCGGAGUCUUGUUCAUCAUUUCUGGCCUUUUGUGCAUCAUUCCCGUCUCCUGGACGGCCAGCAGCAUCAUAUCCGAGUUCUACAGCCCAUUUGUGAACAACUCACAGAAAAUGGAGCUUGGAGCAUCGCUCUUCAUCGGUUGGGGGGCCUCCGCCCUCCUCAUCCUGGGCGGUGGACUUCUCUGCGCCAACUGCCCUCCCAAAGACAACUUCUCCGCCAAGUACUCAGCCCCCCGAUCAGUCGCUCCAACCAAGGACUACGUCUGAGAGGCCCGAGACAUUAAGGAGAGACUCUGAUUCAUUUCUGGGGAACAAAGUGUUUUGGACUUUGGUUGUGUUCAGGAUUCAGUCUGAUUUGUUUCAUCGUGAGGCGGCGGCGGCGGCCACGCCCGAAUAACUGUCACCAGGAAGCAGGAAAGAAAAUGACGACAGAUCCAUGGAAACAACAACUUGUCUUGCAUUACCUUAAUUCAUAGUGUUGUUUUUUUAAAAUUCAUUUCACCUGUUUUUAUUCAUUUCAUACAAUUUUUUUUUACUGUUUGAAUUAUUCACCUCAUAGUGGUUUCUGUCUAAAACUGUAAAUAAAGAUUUUUUGUUAUUAAUAAUAAGAAUAA